AUGUCAGCAGACGACUCUCUCUCGACUGCUGAAGUCCUCAGACGAUUGAAGGAGGAGAUGGCACAACAAGCGCCUAGGGACCACAAGGAACACCAUGCCAUUGAAACCAGUCUCUCAAACCCAUACUUACAAUCAGACACCAAAUGGGGUUUCGUCAUUGUCCGUGCAUCCUAUGGUCCGUCCAGCGAUACGCUAUGGGCCCAAUUUCUCGAUCUCUUUCGCGCCAAUGUCGAGGAGACCUUGCGACUUGAAGAUGAGCUAGAUUUACUUCCACGUCACGAGAUGACGAUUAUUGAGAAUGAAGCAGCACUUGGCGGCGCAGACUCGUACGCCGCACGCCGCGCAUUCCGCGCCUGGGUAGCCAAUGACUUGCCCCAGCGGCUCCGCGGCUCGUGCCUGGAAGAGCUGGGCGGACUUGCGCAGAUUCUGACUACGGAAUGGGAGCGAGAAGAAGCAGAGGUUCCCACUGAGGAAUUUACGAGGGACUGGGAUGGCGGCGAGACGAACGAUGAUGCUGAAGAAGUUGGGUGGAUGUACAUGGACAUGACGGAUUACGUUACCGUGUAUGAUCGUUUGACUGAUGCGUUCGCUUGGCAAGAGUAUUACCAGCGGCCUUACAAAAGCUACGUGGAAAAUUCGGAAUCGGAAUCGGACUGAAUCUGAUUUUGUAGGUUCUCUACGCCAUUCGAUGUAGUACAUGUUAUGAUUACUAUCUUGCAACA